UUAGAUUUUAAAAUAUUCAGAUUUCACAUCGAAUAUGAAACUAAAUAAUAGGGCUUAUCAUGCCUCAUGUUGUGUGUUUCUUUCUGACACUUCAUUUUAGUAGUGAUCCGAGAUGGUGGUUUUGAUUGCUAAUUUAGAGUCAGUUUAUAUCGUGUAGGAGGACCAUUAUAGAUUAUUAUAGAUCCAACAGGCAGAAAAUAUUAUUUGAAUUUUAUUACCAAAAUCGACAUUAAAUGGAUACUUAAUAUUCGACUUCAAGUCUCCCAAUGAUGAUUAGCAGCAACAUAUCGAAAUCGACAGUGUCUGGAAGGUAUUCGGAAACUUGAGCACAAUAACAGGAGCAGAACAAUUUACCCAGUGGUAACAAAUACCACCCAAUGCUACCAUAUAAUACCUCAUUAUUGUGUAAAACUAACAUAAUACUUCAAUUGUAUAUAUAAAAAAAGUUAAUUCGUGGAAAACGCGCAAAAAGGGUACGGCAAGUGUGAUUGUCGACGACUCGCUAUUCUCGUUAUCUCCUUUGAUCGAUACUUACAAAUAUUAAUCCAUGCUAUCAAAAAUCCAUUUAUUUCUGUAACAUAUUAGGUCAAUACUAUCAAAUUGAAUAACAACAACACGUUUGUUUGUGGAACAUAAUUUAUUUGUUCAAUGUUUACUCUUUCAUCACUGAUAGUAUGAACAGUAUUCCAAGUUUUUGUACUUUUAUAGGAGCUACUCAUUGAUAUUGAUUGACGAAGGGCUGAUUUUAUUGGACCUUCUUGACUCAAGGUAUACGUUGUCAUUUUAACUUUAAUAAUAUUUCAGGCGAUGAACUCUACCCUUCGACCAUGGAAUCUAUUUAUGUUUUUCUUAUCGAUGAUUUCAUUUAUUGCCGUAACAACAGGGGACCUUUAGAUAAAAAGAUAAGCGAAGUUUCAUAGUUAAUCGUACAAAGUCAGUAGUAUGGAAGGCGACAAACACCUGUGGUUAAUAUUGGUCUUGGUAACAAAUGUUCUGUGUGAUGUAUUACCCUUUAGGAAUACAUCCUUACCAUGGGAUCAACGAGUUGAUGAUCUUGUAGGUCGUUUGACCUUGAAGGAAUUGGCAGGCCAGAUGGGUGGUGGACACAGGACGCCAUCAAUAAACCGACUUGGUAUCAAACCAUACGGAUUUGAAACCGAGUGUUUACGGGGUGACGUUAAAGCUGGUCCCGCUACUGGGUUUUCUGAAUCAAUUGGUCUGGCUGCUGCUUUUAGCACUGAAGUAAUUUUCAAAGUUUCCAGGGCUACAGGAAUAGAAGUUCGUGCGAAAAAUAACGAUUAUACACGUCAUGGUAUUUUUGAACCUCACAAGGGAUUAAGUUGUUUCAGUCCUGUAAUAAAUAUCAUGCGAGAUGCCAGAUGGGGAAGAAAUCAAGAAACCUAUGGAGAAGACCCGUAUUUAAGUGGUGCAUAUGCAGCAGCCUUUGUAAAUGGUUUACAGGGAAAUGACGCGAGGUAUCUUCUCACUAAUGCUGGCUGUAAACAUUUUGAUGCUUAUGCUGGACCAGAAGACAUUCCCAUUUCUAGACACCAGUUUAAUGCUCAGGUUAGUGAGAGAGAUUUGAGAACAACAUUUUUACCAGCUUUUAGACAAUGUGUUAAAGCAGGAACAUAUAAUCUAAUGUGUAGCUAUAACAGUGUUAAUGGCAUACCAGCAUGUGCUAAUAAAGAACUGUUAACAGAUAUAUUAAGAACAGAAUGGGGUUUUCAGGGUUAUGUUGUUAGUGACCGAGGUGCUAUAGAAAAUGUAGUGUAUGAUCAUAAAUAUAUCAACAAUAGUAUUGAUGCUGUAGCUGCAUGUGUCAAUGCCGGGUGUAAUUUGGAACUAGCUACAAGCGAUUACAAACCAAUUUAUAAUUCUCUUGUUGAUGCUGUAAAUCAAGGCAAAGUAACAAAAGAAAAGGUUGUCGAAAUGGUUAAACCCCUUUUUUAUACUAGAAUGCGAUUAGGAGAAUUUGAUCCAGAUGAAAUGAUCCCUUACAAAAGUUUAAAUUUGUCGGUUAUUCAAAGCCUCGACCACCAAAAUCUGGCUAUAGAAACUGCGAUGAAGUCGUUUGUCCUGCUUAAAAACUACAAUGACUUCUUACCUUUAAAGGCGGCUAAGUACUCUACAAUGGCAAUAGUUGGACCCAUGGCUGAUAACCCGGCUGGCCAAACAGGAGACUACUCUCCGGAUCUGGAAAUGCUAUCAGUAGUUAAUAUUUCUUAA